AUGAUCUGGGCCGGCAGUGUGAGGUCCGUACCUCUUCCAACUGACGGCAGUCCACGCAUAUGUUCAGGAGCGCUUCCUGCCCAAAGAAAGCUUUGGAGCUCUACGUCGUCCUUCACAGCCCUUGCGUUUGCUGCUGGUCGAAUUGCUAGAAGCCUGCGACGAGCCUCUGACCUGGAUGAGAUUGAUCGGCAGAUCGCACGUUUGAUACAGGAACGAGCCAUCAUCGUCAACAGAAGUGAGCGAGUUCCAGUGAGAUCUCUUCAGGUGGGUCAAGGGUUGACCGGAAUUGUCCGAGAGAUUGGACCCUUUGGCAUCUUCUUGGACGUGGGUGCACAGCGUGACGGCCUGGUUCCUAUCAGUCUUAUCUCAGACAACUAUGUUGCUGAUGUCUACGAGGAGUUCAUGCCCGGGCAGAAGGUGUUUGCUUGGGUGGCAGAGAUCAAGCAGAAUGGCGAAUUGUCCUUGACGAUGAGCUCUUGGCGUGCCCGGAAACGUCAAGGUCUGCUGAAGCAAGAUGUCUCAGCCUUUCUCGACAUCGCACCAGAGGAGUGGCUCGCUGGGACGUUGGUGCGAAUCAGCCAGAGCAGGCUUUUGGUGGAACUGGCAACGCCGCCAUCGACGGGUGAGCCAGGCUCCGAUCAUGGUCAACGCCGAGUGUGUGGCUUUGUGCACGAGUCGCAGAUGAUUCGUGACGAGCAGCUUCAGGUUGGCCAGCAGAUUCAAGUGCGCGUGCUGCGGGUUGAUGCUCGUGGCCUCCACCUUACCAUGCGGCAGGCGCGUUGGCUUCUCAAACGUUACACAGCUGAAGGUGUGGAUGAACAUGUCCCAAAACAGUCAACGAAGGCGAUGCAUGUCACAAGCUAG